AUGAGAACCGCUCUGAGCCAAGAAACAGAGACAUACCUUCAAAACAAGAACCAUUUCAGAUGCUGCCUGUCGCUACUUCUUUCAGAUUCUAACUGACUGUCUCUGGGUAUAAAAUAAAAUAUGACAGGCCAACCGACAUGUCGCUUCUCCUCCGCUGAAUAGCAACAUAGCUGUCCUUGUCGUUGCACAGACGGGAAUGUCAACUCGGAAAGAUGGUCCGCAUAGCAAGCGUCCUGGGGUUGGUGAUGCUCAGUGUUGCUCUGCUCAUACUCUCAUUGAUCAGCUACGUGUCAAUAAAAAAAGAUUUUCUAUUCAUGAACCCCAAAUACGCAAGUUCAGGGGGUUCUCGGAUGUAUAUGUUUCAUACCGGAUUUCGGUCUCAGCUGGCCAUGAAGUACCUGGACCCAGCCUUCACCCCUCUGACCAAGGCCCUAAACGAGAUCAUCCAGGAGAACACUUCCAAAUGGCGCUAUAACAGGACGGCUUUCACAGAACAUAGAAAAGAGAUCUCUCAGCACAUCGACAUCGCCCACAACUUCACCCUGACCCGGAGCAGCGUGCGCGUGGGUCAGCUGAUGCACUAUGACUAUUCCAGCCACAAGUACGUGUUCUCUAUCGGAGAGAACUUCAAGUCCCUGCUUCCCGAGGCCUCCCCCAUCGUCAACAAGCACUACAAUGUGUGCGCCGUGGUGGGGAACAGCGGCGUCCUCACAGGGAGUCGUUGCGGUCCCGAGAUCGAGAAGUUUGACUUCGUCUUCCGCUGCAACUUCGCUCCCACUGAGAUCUUCCGCCGGGACGUGGGGCGGAGGACCAACCUCACGACCUUUAACCCCAGCAUCCUGGAGAAGUACUACAACAACCUGCUGACCCUCCAGGACAGGAACAACUUCUUCCUGAGUCUGAAGAAGCUGGACGGGGCCAUACUCUGGAUCCCUGCCUUCUUCUUCCAUACCUCGGCCACGGUGACCAGGACACUGGUCGACUUCUUUGUUGAGCACAGAGGACAGCUGAAGGUUCAGCUAGCCUGGCCUGGCAACAUCAUGCAGUACAUAAACCGAUACUGGAAGACCAAGCAACUGUCACCGAAGCGUCUGAGCACAGGGAUCCUCAUGUACACUCUGGCCUCAUCCAUGUGUGAGGAGAUCCACCUGUACGGCUUCUGGCCCUUUGGCUGGGACCCCAACACGGGCAAGGAGCUGCCCUAUCACUAUUACGACAAGAAGGGUACCAAGUUCACCACCAAGUGGCAGGAGUCCCACCAGCUGCCAGCAGAGUUCAAACUGCUCUAUAGGAUGCACACAGAGGGACUUAUCAAACUAACGCUCUCACAUUGUGCCUAGUUUAGCCUGACUGGACUGGACCGAACUAGACCUGGACUGGACUUGACUGGACCGGACUGUACAUGGACUAGAUCAGACUAAAAGGCUAAAUCUGGCACAUUAUGUCAUUUUCUGAUUGUAAACUGGUUUUCUGGUUAAGAAGGUGUUAAAUAAUUACGACCAAUUGGUCGCUGUUACUGUACAGCCAGCUAUGAAGGUCUUUUUAAUGACGACGUCAAGAAAUCAGGAGAAAGAUGUUAUAGUUUGGUUGUGAUUUGGUUAAAUAACCAGAACCAGAUCACAACUAGAUAUAAAGACGUAUUUUUCUGGUUGUAAAAAGACAUAAGCAUAACGUCAUUCGUUAUCCAAUCAGCAUAUAGCACAGCCUGACCAUGACAUCAUAAAACCUGCCAUUUGCAACCAGUUUUUCCCGCCGCGAUGGGCCAGUGAGAUUCAUACUGACUGCCCAAGAUGGAUUCCCAGGCUGCCCAUGUUGUUGCCUGCUAGUGCUACGCUUUGUGACAGCUAAACUACAGCGGUUAAACUACAGCGGCUAAACUACAGCGGCUAUACUACAACCUGUUAUACUACAGCGGCUAUACUACAACCUGUUAUACUACAGCGGCUAAACUACAACCUGUUAUACUACAGCGGCUAAACUACAGCAACUACAGUGGCUAUACUACAGCGGCUAUACUACAGCGGCUAUACUACAGCGGCUAAACUACAGCGGCUAUACUACAGCGGCUAAACUACAGUGGCUAUACUACAGCGGCUAUAAUACAGCGGCUAUACUACAGUGACUAAACUACAGUGGCUAUACUACAGCGGCUAUACUACAGAGGCUAUACUACAGCGGCUAAACUACAGCGGCUAAACUACAGCGGCUAAACUACAGUGGCUAUACUACAGCGGCUAUACUACAGCAACUAUACUACAGCGACUAAACUACAGCUGCUAUACUACAACCUGUUAUACUACAGCGGCUAAACUACAGCGGCUAAACUACAGCGGCUAAACUACAGCGGCUAUACUACAGCGACUAUACUACAGCGGCUAAACUACAGCCGCUAUACUACAACCUGUUAUACUACAGCGCCUAAAUUCCAGCGACUAUACUACAGCGACUAUAAUACAACCUGUUAUACUACAGCGACUAUACUACAACCUGUUAUACUACAGUGGCUAAACUACAGCGGCUAUACUACAGCGACUAAACUACAACGGCUAAACUACAGCGGCUAUACUACAGCGACUAAACUACAGCGGUCCAAGCUACAGCGGCUAUACUACAGCGACUAUACUACAGCGGUCCAAGCUACAGUGGCUAUACUACAGUGGCUAAACUACAGAGGCUAAACUACAGUGACUAUACUGCAGCGACUAUACUACAGCGGCCAUACUACAGCGGUCCAAGCUACAGCGGCUAUACUACAGCGACUAUACUACAGCGGCUAUACUACAGCGGUCCAAGCUACAGCGGCUAUACUACAGCGGCUAUACUACAGUGGCUAUACUACAGUGGCUAUACUACAGCGGCUAUACUACAGUGGCUAUACUACAGCGGCUAUACUACAGAGACUAAACUACAGCGGUCCAAGCUACAGCCGCUAUCCUACAGCAACUAAACUACAGCGGCUAAACUACAGCGGCUAUGCUACAGCGGUCCAAGCUACAGCGGCUAUACUACAGCGACUAUACUACAGUGACUAUACUACAGCGGUCCAAGCUACAGCGGCUAUACUACAGUGGCUAAACUACAGAGGCUAAACUACAGUGACUAUACUGCAGCGACUAUACUACAGCGGCCAUACAACAGCGGUCCAAGCUACAGCGACUAUACUACAGCGGCUAUACUACAGUGGCUAUACUACAGCGGCUAUACUACGGUGGCUAUACUACAGCGGCUAUACUACAGUGGCUAUACUACAGCGGCUAUACUACAGUGGCUAUACUACAGCGGCUAUACUACAGUGGCUAUAUUACAGAGGCUAUACUACAGCGACUAUACUACAGCGGCUAUGCUACAGCGGCUAUGCUACAGCGGCUAUACUACAGCGGCUAUACUACAGAGACUAUACUACAGAGGCUAUACUACAGCGGCUAUACUACAGAGGCUAUACUACAGCGGCUAAACUACAGAGGCUAUACUACAGUGGCUAAACUACAGCGGCUAUACUACAGCGGUCCAAGCUACAGCCGCUAUACUACAGUGACUAUACUACAGCGGCUAUACUACAGCGGUCCAAGCUACAGCGGCUAUACUACAGUGGCUAUACUACAGUGGCUAUACUACAGCGGCUAUACUACAGUGGCUAUACUACAGCGGCUAUACUACAGUGGCUAUACUACAGCGGCUAUACUACAGCAACUAAACUACAGCGGCCCAAGCUACAGCGGCUAUACUACAGCGACUAAACUACAGCGGCUAAACUACAGCGGCUAUGCUACAGCGGUCCAAGCUACAGCGGCUAUACUACAGCGACUAUACUACAGUGACUAUAUACAGCGGUCCAAGCUACAGCGGAUAUACUACAGUGGCUAAACUACAGAGGCUAAACUACAGUGACUAUACUGCAGCGACUAUACUACAGCGGCCAUACUACAGCGGUCCAAGCUACAGCGGCUAUACUACAGUGGCUAUACUACAGUGGCUAUACUACAGCAGCUAUACUACGGUGGCUAUACCCCAGCGGCUAUACUACAGUGGCUAUACUACAGAGGCUAUAAUACAGCGACUAUACUACAGCGGCUAUACUACAGCGACUAUACUACAGAGGGUAUACUACAGCGGCUAAACUACAGCGGCUAUACUACAGCGGCUAAACUACAGAGGCUACACUACAGUGGCUAAACUACAGCGGCUAUACUACAGCGGUCCAAGCUACAGCGGCUAUACUACAGCGGCUAUACUACAGCGGUCCAAGCUACAGCGGCUAUACUACAGUGGCUAUACUACAGCGGCUAUACUACAGCGGCUAUACGACAGCGACUAAACUACAGCGGUCCAAGCUACAGCGGCUAUACUACAGCGACUAAACUACAGCGGCUAAACUACAGCGGCUAUGCUACAGCGGUCCAAGCUACAGCGAUUAUACUACAGCGACUAUACUACAGCAACUAAACUACAGCGGCUAAUCUACAGCGGCUAUGCUACAGCGGUCCAAGCUACAGCGGCUAUACUACAGUGGCUAAACUACAGAGGCUAAACUAGAGUGACUAUACUGCAGCGACUAUACUACAGCGGCUAUACUACAGUGGCUAUACUACAGUGGCCAUACUACAGCGGCUAUACUACAGCGGCUAUACUACAGUGGCUAUACUACAGCGGCUAUACUACAGUGGCUAUACUACAGCGGCUAUACUACAGCGGCUAUACUACAGCGGCUAUACUACAGCGACUAUACUACAGUGGCUAUACUACAGCGGUUAUACUACAGUGGCUAUACUACAGCGGCUAUACUACAGCGACUAUACUACAGCGACUAUACUACAGCGACUAUACUACAGUGGCUAAACUACAGCGGCUAUACUACAGCGGCUAAACUACAGAGGCUAUACUACAGUGGCUAAACUACAGCGGCUAUACUACAGCGGUCCAAGCUACAGCGGCUAUACUACAGCGGCUAUACUACAGUGACUAUACUGCAGCGACUAUACUACAGUGACUAUACUACAGCGGCUAUACUACAGUGGCUAUACUACAGUGACUAUACUGCAGCGACUAUACUGCAGUGGCUAUACUACAGUAGCUAAACUACAGUGGCUAUACUACAGUGGCUAUACUACAGAGGCUAUACUACAGCGGCUAAACUACAGUGACUAUACUACAGAGGCUAAACUACAGCGGCUAUACUACAGUGACUAUACUACAGUGGCUAUACUACAGUGACUAUACUGCAGCGACUAUACUGCAGUGGCUAUACUACAGUAGCUAAACUACAGUGGCUAUACUACAGUGGCUAUACUACAGAGGCUAUACUACAGCGGCUAAACUACAGUGACUAUACUACAGAGGCUUUACUACAUCGGCUAUACUACAGUGACUAUACUACAGUGACUAUACUACAGCGGUCCAAGCUACAGCGGCUAAACUACAGCGGCUAAACUACAGCGACUAUACUACAGCGGCUAUACUACAGCGGUCCAAGCUACAGCGGCUAAACUACAGCGGCUAUACUACAGUGACUAUACUACAGAGGCUAAACUACAGCGGCUAUACUACAGUGACUAUACUACAGUGACUAUACUACAGUGACUAUACUACAGCGGUCCAAGCUACAGUGGCUAAACUACAGUGGCUAAACUAGAGUGACUAUACUACAGAGGCUAAACUACAGCGGCUAAACUAGAGUGACUAUACUACAGAGGCUAAACUACAGCGGCUAUACUACAGAGGCUAAACUACAGAGGCUAAACUACAGAGGCUAAACUACAGCGGCUAUAUUACAGCGGUCCAAGCUACAGCGGCUAUACUACAGCGGCUAUACUACAGCGGUCCAAGCUACAGCGGCUAAACUACAGCGGCUAUACUACAGCGGCUAUACUACAGCGGUCCAAGCUACAGCGACUAUACUACAGAGGCUAUACUACAGUGGCUAAACUACAGUGACUAUACUACAGAGGCUAAACUACAGCGGCUAUGCUUCAGCGACUAAACUACAGCGGCUAUACUACAGUGGCUAUACUACAGUGACUAUACUACAGAGGCUAAACUACAGCGACUAUGCUUCAGCGGCUAAGACACAGUAAUAUCAGACUUUUUUCUAUAACCUGAGCUCAUCAUUCUAUAUCAGAGCUCUGGUUUAUCUAUGGCACAAUAGAAAUGACAAAAAUCGAGAAUACAGAUUUCCCUGUAUUGUGGUUAUAUACUGUAUGUACAGCUGCAGCUGGUUAUAUUCUAACCAGGAGGUUUUGGUGAUUAUUUUUACAUCAGGUUUUUUUCUCAGGAGAUUUAAGUUGUUUUUUUUUUGGCUUUUUAAGAAUUUUAAAUCAUGUUAACAAAGUAUCACUACCAAAUAAUAUAAUUUAACAGGCACGAGAAAUGGUUAGUGGUUUAGAGCAUUGGGCCAGUAACCCAAAAGGUUGCUAGAGCAAAUCCCCCGAGCUGACAAGGUAAAAAACAAAAAGUCUGUCGUUCUGCCCCCCUGAACAAGGCAGUUAACCCACUGUUCCUAAGCCGUCAUUGUAAAUAAGAAUUUGUUCUUAAACUGACUUACUUGCCUGGUUAAAUAAAGGUUCAAAUAAAAAAUAUAAAAAUCCACUAAGUUCAAGAUCUCUACAGUCACUUUGAGAGAGUUGCUGGGGUCUAGAUGGAGCUAGAGUCUCACAUUACAGCAUGUUGAUGUACCGUAUCUGCUCAGAUAUAUUACUCUGUGUAUAUUACAGUAACUUCUGUUGGCAUAUGGAAAGAGGACAUACAUGCAAAGUCCUACUGUAUAUGGUGCUAUGACUUAGAAAAAAUAGACUCCGAUACAAGACUGGGGUGAUACACUAUACGUGGACACCCCCUUCAAAUGAGUGGUUUUCGGGCUAUUUCAGCCACACCCGUUGCUGACAGGUGUAUAAAAUCGAGCACACGGCCAUGCAAUCUCCAUAGACAAACAUUGACAGUAGAUUGGCCUUCAGUGACUGUCGACAUGGCACCGUCCUACUGUAGGUCAUAAUAG